AUGAAAGCUGACAGUCUUCCUUCAUUCCAGUACCUCUCCCUCCUGUCUCAGUUGGCCAGUCUGUCCAUCGAGGACCCAGAGGAUGCAGAGCUGGCCUACACCAUGAAGGACCUUCCCCCUCCCUCUGGGGAGAAACACCCACGCCGUCACACACCCGUCAUCGACCGGGAACCAGAGGCCACAGGGAUGGGGCCCGAUCUACUCCCCUACACCCAGAAAACAUCGCCUUUGCCUCGGCCCACCCCGUGCAACCCUUCUGGAACCCCAGUCACCCCUCCGCGGCCCAGCCGUGUCCCCUUGGAAACAGAGUUCCGGCCCGUGCAGCUACGGGGGCACCAGCUGGCCUCUGUGGGCUCCUUGGACUACCCCCAGAGCCCCUCGCGACCAGGCAGUCCCUGGAGCCGCUUCGACCCCUAUGACUCUGCAGAGGACCAGGACAAGGAGUAUGUGGGCUUUGCCACUCUGCCAAACCAGGUACACAGGAAGUCAGUGAAGAAAGGCUUUGCCUUCACUCUCAUGGUUGCAGGAGAGUCCGGUCUGGGUAAAUCCACGCUGGUCAACAGUCUGUUCAUUACAGACCUCUACAAGGACAGGAAGGUGCUGAAUGCAGAAGAGCGGAUCACUCAGACACUAGACAUCGUCAAGCACAGCAUGGGUAUUGAAGAGAAGGGGGUGAAACUCAGACUCACCAUUGUAGACACCCCAGGUUUCGGAGAUGCUGUGAACAACAACGAAAGCUGGAAGGAAAUAGAAGACUACAUAGACCAACAGUUUGAGCAGUACUUCAGAGACGAGAGCGGCUUGAACAGGAAGAACAUCCAGGACAACAGAGUCCACUGCUGCUUGUACUUCAUCUCUCCCUUUGGCCACGGACUCAGGCCUCUCGAUGUGGAGUGUAUGAGGGCCCUGCAUGAGAAGGUCAAUAUCGUCCCCAUUCUGGCUAAAGCAGAUAGUCUGACACCAGCAGAGGUCCACAAGAAGAAGAUGAAGAUCCGAGAGGAGAUUGAACACUUUGGGAUUAAUAUCUACCAGUUCCCAGAGUGUGACUCUGAUGAGGACGAGGACUUCAAACAGCAGGACCAGCUGCUCAAGGACAGUAUUCCGUUCGCAGUAAUAGGCAGUAACCUGCAGGUGGAGAGUAAAGGCCGAAAGUUCAGAGGUCGUCUCUAUCCCUGGGGAGUGGUAGAUGUGGAGAACCCAGCUCACUCAGACUUCCUGAUGCUGAGGAACAUGCUGGUGAGGACACACAUGCAGGACCUGAAGGACGUGACAAGGGAGACGCAUUACGAGAACUACAGAGCCCAGUGCAUCCAGAACAUGACCCGUAUGGUGGUCCUGGAGAGGAAGCGCAGUCUGCGGGACAGGAUUCAGAGAGAGAGCGCGGUUGACUUCCCCCUUCCUCUAGUUCCUGUUGACAGUGAGACUGAGAAGCUCAUUCUGGAGAAAGAUGAAGAGUUGAGGAGGAUGCAGGAAGUGCUGGAGAGGAUUCAGGAGCAGAUGCAGCACGGGCAGAGAGAAGGCUCCUGAUCUACCCAGGAUUCCCUGAGCUUCUCCUCAGCCCCAGAGGCCCCAGCCAUCUACAUGACGCUUUCCUUUUCCCCCCACAUCACCCCCGAUGCUCCUUCCUUUGUUUCACCAGAAUUAGCUGAAGACCCCAGGUCAUUACUCUCCACGGACGCUUGGUUCUCCCUCCUCUGGGACUGUAGCACCUCAGCUGGCAUGCAAUAAAGACAU